AUGCGGAGUGAGCUCGACUGCGGUGGUGGUGGUGGUGGUGGUGGUGGUGGUGAUGGUGGUGGUGGUGGUGGUGGCGGCGGCGGCGGCGGCGUCCCAUUUACUACCCAAAACUUGUUUCUUUACUUUCGUCAACUUCACUCAGGAGCCCCAGGUGAACAGUUUUCUUCAUUAAGUUGAUAUUUUACUGUUUAAAGCCAUCGGGAAGAAAUUCCGUCAAGUUAACGACUUUUCCCUAAGCGCAAGAAUGCUUAGAUGUGUCUAGGAAGCCGUUGAGGAUCCUGUAAUGUCUGAACCCGCCAUUAUUAACUUCAUGAUCAUAGUUGUGAGUAGCCUGCUCAACGUCCUUAUCGCUUCUCUCAAAGUGAGGGUAACUCUCAUUUCUCUGGCAAGAGUGUAUGGACACGAAAAAGCGUUUUGUUUUAGUGCGUCAAAAAUACGACCUGUAAAAGUGGUAGAGGGGUGUUCACCGAGAUGCACGCACGAAAGUAUGUGCAAGUCAACACCAUCAGACUUAGUUAUCCUGUUUUUGAAGUAGACAACCUGAUCCAACUCCAUCCUGGUAUUGUGUUCGCAUUGGCAGAUCUCGACGGGGAGGAAUACGGCAACUGUUUACGUGGAUAAUGCAAAGGCAUUGCCAAAGCCAGGCCGACAAAAACGGAAGGGCUGAUUUCUCCUGAAAAUUUUAGCGGAUUUGUGUGACUUAACCUGCUGCUCAUAGGAUGCAAUUAACAAAUCUUGCAAACAAGCAAAAACGCGGAGUCUGUUUUAAAUUACGCACGAGGUAUCGUAUCUCCUCUGUUAGAAAAAGUCAUGCUUCCAAACAUUAUCUUUCCCGGAGUCUUAACCUCCUACAAAUGGUUAGAAUAGACGAAUUUGGUACUUGAUGCCUGAUGAAAAUGUGAUUUAAGUCCCCCAGGCAGCAAAAAUCCAAUGAGAAAAUACACUAUAAAUGGGUAGUUGUCUUCUCGUUUGUGAUUAAGACGAGAGACUACGGCGAUUCUCACUAAACAGCGGGCAUGUUGGCUUCCAAAAAGAAACCUGAGCUUUGUUACUUGUCAAUACCGUGAUUAAUUAAACAAGUGUUCUUAUUUUAAAGUAAUAGGAUGAGAAUAUGAGCAGAGGGAGAAAUACGCUUCAUUUUGAAAACGCCAUUAUGCAUUUUUCAGAAAAAAAUCUCCUCUGUUUGCCGUGGUCAGAAUACAAGCAAAGAGAUGAAGAAAGAGUAUGUGGGUUUACACAAAAUUAAUUUUCUGGAUUCAAGUCUUUUGCACGUAAGAUAUCGUGCCAGAACUGAUUAUAUGUAACAUUGAUAUGCCGACGUACGACGAGAGAUAUGUCGGAAGCCACUACGCAUGUAACGGAAAGACUUCGCGGCAAUUAAUUCGGGAUAAAGAAGUCGGAUAACAUCAUCCGAAAUUCGAUGAGCAAAUCGCCUGACCAUUGCGAAGUGUCGUUAUAUUAUGAUAUCAAAAUUACGAAAAUUCCAAACUGAAUAUGAGAAGAGAAAGCACAGCGGUCCAGCCCCAAAAGCAUCAGACCACUUCUGACACGAACUUGUUGGUAAAAGCGAUUUUACGGGUGAGUCGUUAACAGUCUUUAUAUGAGAGGCUACAGUAGAUGUGCCGUCUCAUGAAAUGUUAGCCAAAAAUCCAAAAUGUGUUUUCUAUUCGAAAAGACUACUUAAAAGGAUUGUAAUAUUGAUUAUGGCGCGGUAUAACUACAAAUAUUUCAGUUACACCGAGAUGUCAGCUUUUAAAUGAGUUUCUUUUGAGCCGUCUGAAAAACUCUACUCUCUAAACAGUGACUCCUUAGCUAGUAUAGGCAGUUCCCAUUGAUUUUCGAUGCCCUUAUAAACUCUAUUACAUUUUGUAGAAAACGUGCACACAUAUUUUGCCUUGUACUCCUUUGGUGGCAAAUUACGUCUUCUUCAUCUUUUUUACUCAAGGAGCGUGUAUAUUUCAGUUUUCAAGGUGUUCCUUGUUCUGAGAAUUUUAGGACCAGGAAAUGUCCUUUCACACAACACCACAUCAGCACAUUUUUAAAUGCUACUUACUAAGUAUACAAAAUGGUUUACAUCCACCGCAAAAUUUUGUGAACGCUCUAUGACAUCUUCCUGACAGCGUACAGAAAUGUGUUAUAUCCUUUUAGCGGACUGUAUACAGCAUUUAGUUUGGAGACCCUGAAUUCAAAUUUAACGGCAGAUAGGACAAUGCGUUAUUUUAGAAUCGCGAGUGUUUUUAAAAACCGGAAGAUACUUCCUCUUCAGAUGGAAAAUCAAAGCAACUAUGUAAUCACGCAACUUUGUCGACAGAAGCAUAUGCGAACGAGAGCAACGUUGAUCCCAAAUUCUGAAAAUCGCCUCCUUACGUCAAUGAGGUCUCGUUGGGCAACUCCUCACACGACAUUGAGCUGAAGCUGCACAGAGACCGCAGGCAGCCAUCAACCGCCAGGUAAUCGGUUCAGAAGUUCAAAUGACAUGGUAGGUAAAGAUUGAGUCUCUUGCAGAAUUUGGUGCAAUUGCGGGCAAAACGACAACGUCAAAGAGACCGGAAGAUUUCUUAGGACGCAAAUGUCCGAACAUGCGGCAGCAGUGCGGAGAAACGGCGCCAGCUCCCCACUAGGGGCUCAUUCGACGGGACCCAACCCACACGCUCAAAUUCGACGAGGCUGAAAUUCUCGCGAGAAGUGACGAUCGCGCGAGCCGCGAGCUGCUUCAAUGGCCCCCUGUCUAUUUAAAAGUGCAAUGACUUCCCCCCCCCCUCCCUCCACAUUCGGUACAGAGACUUAGCCUUGGUAGAAUAAUUAACCACUCGGGAACCACGCAGGCGAGCACUGUUUCCAUCGCCCGUAUCGGUGAACCAGAUAGCCAAGUAAUCAUCACACCAACAUUCAGUACCGGUGCCGAAAUUGCGCGGACUAACGAUUUAAAUACCGGUCGCCAGGCCAUUGUCACACCAAGGGAGUCGUCCUCGAUAAAGGGGAAAACAUUAAUUUUCAUAGGUAUGCGGUAGUAUGCCGAAUCAUUCUAUAAAUACUGCAUCCCCUUGUGUACGAAUUACCGUAUCUGAUGCAGUAUUUGAUGAUGGGUUUGUGCACGAAUCAGAACCGCAGGUGAAUACAGCUCAUAUUCCAGCUAUCGCGUCUAUUUCUUGUCCAUUAUCUCUCUGCAACUCACUUAGCCCCGCAGACUAGUCGGACUGUCGGAAGCCCACUCAAUGGGACGCCUAUUCCUCUUUCGGUUUUGAUUUUGCCAUAUACGGGCCCCUCUGAAGGACUUUUCUGGCCCAGUUAUUUGACAGUGAUCAGAAAGAGCACAUUUAUGAGAUACUUUAGGCUGUUCACAGCCUGCUAGUGAACCAAGUCAAGCACCUACGCUGGCCUAUAUACAUGCUCAAGAUUAAAGAAAAGGUUGUUCCCUGACUUGACAACUGCGCAGAUGAACAAAACAACCUUUCGAUCAUCAUUUCUUGGCAAUUGUAAAUAUAACAUGUCUCCCCCUGCACCGACCUGCCAUCCUCUUCCUUUUCGGUUUUCUACCAUACGGCCCUCUUAAUAAUAACACAGUUCGCGAUCUAAAACAAACAUAAGCAGAGAGACGUAUUGACAGCAAAGGAAUUCGUGACGGUUUCUCAACUGCUACCCAUUGCGAACUGUCAACAAAAGUCAAUGCAAACACACUAUGCCAAAUAUACAUCGACAAUAAGAAUGCGACUGUUAUUAACGAUAGAGCGACUGAGGGCAAGUUCACUACUGUGACCAGCCUACAUCCCAAAGUCAAAUUCACGGUGGGAAGGGAACAGCAACGCAAGUUUUCUUUCCUUGACGUCUCUAUGCGUGGACAGGAAGCCGAUUUAAUCGGGCAAUCAGUUUUCCAUAAGAAUACGUAGGAAGGUCACUAUCUACAUUUCAUGUCCUUCGUAUCGCUACAACGGACAUACAACUUUAUCUAUACUCUUUCCCGAAGAGCAGAAAAUAUUUGCUUUAGUGAGACACUGGGCCGCAAAAUCUGCCUGAUUCAAGCGAACCCUGGUUGGAUGUGGUUAUUUAGCCCGUUUUAUUCCAAAGUAUAGCCAUCUUCUGCUGCAGAGAUUGACCGAGUAAUCAGUUCCAAAGAGACCCGCCUAAAUGCCCCUUUUCUUAAGGGACGAUAUUAUUCCAACCCUAAUCAAGUAACAGAUGCGACACACCGUUGGAAGGACUUGCAGUGCGACCUAACUCUUAUUUAACAGCCCCGAAGUGGAUAUUUUAUUUAAAGGAACGAAGAAUGUCUUACCGCUGCAUGCCACCUUCAAGUUUAUAUAUAAAUUCAAGUGAACUCGCAACCUCGCUCGCAAACCUCAAGGGCAACUGACAACCAGGUCAGGUGAGCAUUUACAAAGGUGACCUUUAAAGUCGAAAAGCGCAACCUCCGUCCUCUGUCAUUAAGCGCUGCUCCAGAAGCAGCCUUCGGACUGCCUGUCUGUGCGCGACAGUCAUGGACGCUGUGCCAUUUUAAAUCAGUCUACAUGUGGAGGGAGGGAGGAACCUGAUCUGUUCAAACAACUUGACCAUGUGGUAGUUUUGCACUUGUCCUGAUAAUCCGCAGUUCGUUGAUUUACACACAUCCCUUCGUACGUUAUUUUGCUUUUUUCCUAUUCGAUUGUAUUUUUCAGUAACUAUUAUUAUCGAUUAGACAGUUUAUUCUCAAUUCUGAUCUUGUUGCUCAUGCACUGAUUUUUUAAACAAACAAAACCCGUUGUGUGUUAAUUACUCCUCAUGCAUGCUAUGAAACAACUGCUGACAGUUGAUAAAAGUGGCGAAAUGUUUGCAGCAAUGCGACCUGCUGUUUAUGUUUGCCUUAAAUCUCUACAGGGGGCAAACUGCCUCAAAUUUACAACCUCCAGCCUCGUUCAUCACCACGUUUUCAGCUGACAUUAGCUGUGCAUGAAAUCAGUGCUCUUUCAUAACGUACAGCGGGGCGUUAAGCUGAUGAAACAUGAUGACAGACAGCUGAAGAGAGACUGGGGAUACAAUAGGCGUUAUGCAUUUUAGUUGUUAGGUCUACGCUUUGUUAAGGCUGUAUUUCUUGCUCAGAGUGGGGUUUUAAGGAAAAUUGGAUAUUUUGCGUGAGAAGUAACAUUUAUUUGUAUCAGGCCGACCUCCUAUCCCACAUCGCACCUGUUCCCUAGAGGGUUUCUCUGAGAAAGGAUAGUAACCUAAAUAUAAAGCGUUUUUGGAGACAGGUUCUGCUGAUGUGAAAAUAUUUUUUCGUCGGCAUAAACUAGGUGAGUCAGGAUGUGAAAAGUGGCCGCGAUAGUUUAAUGAAAUCAGGGACGGAAUUAAGAAAUUGUGCAGUUUUUACCCUGUUCAACCGUACCUCGAAUAAUGGGGAAGUAAGCAGUUUGACUUGUACUGCAGUUCCAUGUUAUAAACAGCUUCGUCCACCUUCUAACGGUUGAUUAAUCACAAUUACGGAUAAUAUAUUAAGUUUCUAAGGACAUUUAACGCAAGGACUGUCGAAUAUGCCCUUUAUAAACUUGGUGUGCAUCGCCUGUGUUCACUGAAGUAUUGUCCAAAGAAUACGGCCGUGUGGAUAUGAAAUUUUUCGAGGGUCGUUUUGUCCUUAAUCAUUCAAUCAUAACUUUGGCCACCACAUUCAUGGGCCAAUGGGCUGGUCUGCGCCCCACUUUCAUGUGAAUUAAUAGCCGACUAACAAUGACACAAAGCGCUAAAUGCUGGGGUACUACUGAACCACACCCCGAUUUAGGGCGUAUGACAAGUGUGGUUGACUGAGGACGAUUAGUAGUCUAAGACAUAGCCAUCCCAGUGCCCAUUAUUUUUAUCGGUACUCCCUCCUAUAUUAUUACAUAUCAAGAUACCUUGCGAUUUUUCAUGAAGUAUGCACGUCUUAUCCCAAAUCGCCACCUACAUCACGCCCGAUGUCCACAGAACGCGAGUUCAAGGUUCAGGUCCCGCAAACCUCGGUUUUUAGUACUAUUAGCUGCUGACAGCUAAUAAACCAGAAAAGGCAAUGCCAGGCACUUGUCUUUGUGGGCACUCUCCUUCUUCAGCAGUCGCUGUACGACUGCCGAGAGGACUCUGCAUGAAGCAUGUCCCGUAAUGCGAUCGGUUAAUAUUUGCGAUCGAAACCACCAAGAAAACGGGCCAGAGACUCAACUGUUAGAAAUCCGGACCUACUAGAGCUUGGUGGCCAAAGAAUGCGUGUUCGAGGCUCGGUUGCGGCAAAACCCCGUUUUGAGUAAGGCUUCCUGAUGACUGCUAACAUGACAGAAAUAGUCAUCAUGGUCUCCCUUAUCUUGAUCGAUAUUUCCAUAAUCAUAUCUUUUUGGUCACAAUGUGACUGCCUUCGCGAGAUCUUGAUUGAGCCUCAGGGCAGAACGAGACGAAAAUGUCUCGUAGCGCUAUAGUGAACGUAAUUCCAAUAUGCACACAUAUGUGUUGGCUUGGAAAGCUGUCAGCUAACGGCAUAACCCGGCUUGUUUCGCAAGAUGGAGAGUCAGAUCGCAGUGAACCCUUCUUAAGGUACUCUGUUGGGUAGUCACACUCGCUUGCGAUCUGAGCCAUUUAUUUGUCGCUUGAUGGGACCCUGGUCAUUUGUGUCCGAAUCCGACUUGUAUGGCACGCGUUGUCAGUCAAUAUGUCCGAUCUUGACUUUUUUUGAUAGUGGGCCUAAGAGGAUGAGCGGAGAGUGCGACCUCCGUGCAUCCACCCUGCUCUGGAAUACACAGUAGAAAUCGUUAGUAAUGACAGCCGAACUGUCGCGUGCGUGUGUGUAUAUAUAUAUAGAGGUUUUCAGGCGAACAAGGUGAAACUUGUCUUUAUCUAGUACGACCUCUUCGAUUUUGCACUAAAUUUCGUCCUGGACAUUAUAACUAGGUGAAGAUAUAAAAGGAUCCAAGAAGAACACAAAAUUUCUCAUAUUCAACUUGUAAAUUUGUUGAGAAAUAUCACCGACAAAGUCAGGGGGCCGAAUAGCAAUUUUGUGCUUAUCUGCAGUCAUCGGUCAGCCAGACGUCAACCCCGGCCCGAGAAAAUGAAAUAUUUCAACUUUACCCAAUUAAUCAUCUACUUCAAGGCUGUAUGCGUUAAACCACGGACUCACAUUCUGUCCGACUCGAUCUGUAUCACAAAAGUACGUAGAGGCAGUGUUCGGCAAUCUGGCCUACUUUUGGAAAAAAAAUACGAGUGCUCCGUCGUGGUCUGACGUUCCGGAUCAGAGAUCUUCCGGCUGUUCUCAUGUGAUAGCCAAUCACCAGUAGAGGGGUGCCACCCUGUUUGCCGGCAGGGGACACUCUGUGAUCAUCUGGUACGGAACAGAGUAUUCUCCCGUUGAAAACGUAAAAAUAGGGGCUUUUUCGUAAGUCUAUUACUCACUAACUGAGACGCACUUUACGUUUUAUUUUAAAUAAACAUUAUUUUUUCCCACCAAUCAGACUCCAUGGGUGAGCAUUUCAAUAUAUCCCGUACGAAAGUUGACUGCUUGAAAACUCGGCUCCCAAAUGGUCUUUAGACAGAGAAAGAAUACAUAUAUAAAUGAUAAUUUAGCUGAUUCUGGGCUAAACUGGUCUUCAGCUUGAUUGAAACCGUUUAUUUGUGGGAAGGGAUGAUGGCAGCAGCCUUUUCAUGAGACCUACAGCACCUGACCAAACUGCAGUGCUAGAAGGCUAUUGGGUGAGUCCACAGUUACUGAAUUUCUUGAUUUAGAAAAGACAACUACGCACUGCAGAUUCUUCGGGGUUCGUCUUAUUGACGACCCUCAGUGCCUUUCAACCCAAUUUUGAGCAGCGUAAACAACGGGAAAGUGGAACAUUCACAUAUGUAGAAAAUUACGCAAUAUAAAUUAGUUAAAAAUGCAUUUUACCGGACAUGCCUCUUUUCCGGUUUUUGCAGAAAAACGCAGUAGGGAAAAUGACCGCGGCUUAAAAAUUAAUCUUCCCCGACUAUGGCCCUUGAAACUGCGUAAAAUACACCGAGUCGGUUAUCUGCUCGCUGGUGGACUGUGAGCUUUAAAUCCCACGUCGUUUAAUGCGCACCAGCGAUGGCCUCCGGCGGCGGACGAGACUGAGAAAUUUAUGUUCCUUCUCCUACUUAAGACCCAUUGAGGGAGAAUAGCCGCGCGCGCUCACACUGCGCCUACAUAAGGUCUCUCAUUCAGGCAAGGCGCGACUGAUCGCGAUGCUCCUUUGCGCUUCAUGCUGAGCUUCCCGUCUUAACCGACCCACACUGAGCAGACGAUAUAUUUUGGUGGAAUGUACAAAGCAAGCCAUAGUUCGCACGUAACCGUGUCCUGAAGUCUUAUAAUUCAACCAAGUGAAAAAAACCUAGAUAAAAAAACAUUCGUAAGGGCGAAUUCACAGUUUGUAGAGCAAAUGCCGUGAGCGACCGAUCUCGCGCAAUUUUUACCCAAAUUCUGAGAUGUAUUUUCGACUAGAGGGGAUUAUUUAGGUAGAGCUGUAAUAGUGACCACUGUCCAACAUAAUCCCAUAAUAUUUAAGUCGCGAUCGGAUUCCGACUUUAAAAUGUGCUUCUUCCCGGCCGCCUUCUAAAAAUCACACUUGGUAAAAAAUGAUUACAUAAGUGGUACGAAUUUUUACAUUGAUCUUUGAUACCCUUAUAAAUUUAGAUAGGCGUUAUGAAAACGUACACAAAUAUCCUUUCUCGCCUCAUUUCUUUGCACCUUUACGUCAUAUUCAAAUCCCACACUCAGAUAAAGGGCAGCUUUCGAUUAUAAAAAGGGUUUCCAAUUUCCGGAUAAUUUUGAAUGCGACCUAACAUUCAUAUACGUUUCAAGUUUUCAAAUCAUAAAUUGUUUAUAUUUCAUGUCAGGAAAAUCCCAAAUUACGCUCUUAUUAUCAAAAUAUAAUAAAUUGCUCACAAACAUUUACAGUGUAUGUGGACCGCACUGCAUACUUCAUGAGGAACACUGAUAAAUGAGCAGGCACGCUACUAGUUGAAUGGUUAUCUCAGAUGUGACUGGAAUGUCUUGGAAUUAUGGUGCACGAUAAUCAAUCUUGCAAACCCAUCCAAAUAAUUCUUUUUUGUCGAAAACACAUCUCCGAAUUUCGGUCAGGAUUUCAUUAGAUGCGUCACCCGUAUGCGUUCCUUUUCUGCAACCCCCGGAAGAAACUGUGGGCAUUAGCCAACCACACUUAGAUUACGAGGUAAAUGAUAAUCUGGAGGUGACAUUGAUGGACUUCAAUUGAAUAAUAUAACUGUGGAAUCCACGAUAUGACCGUAUUAAGCAGAUUCACCUUGUUUUCUCGUCCAAGAGGAUGCAGACGGCCUGAGUUUGUAGAGGCUCACUAAUUAAAGAAAUAGGGUGACGAUGACUUUCUGUGUGAUAUAACACGAGUAGGGAUCAGUGCGCUGGCGGACCCUGUUGUCGGCAUUCGUCGCUCAACUGGACCAGUGCCGCCACCCCAUUGUUUUGUGGUCAAAAUCCUGGUCAUUUGUGUGAGGACCAGGGAAUGCGGAGUGGAGCGCCAAGGCGAGGAUCCGUCCGAACCAUCCACCUGCGGCCUCCCCCGUCUCCGGUCUUCUUGACUCUGUCUUGACACCGGGCUCAGGCGGGGGAGGGGGGGAGAGUGUAGGUAGAUGCUACGCAAGUCUACUGGCACUAUAAACCCCUGCGUAAGUCACCGUCCCUGCUCCCACAAUGCAGUCUGUAGGGCAUACGGUGGACAUCGUCGAAAUCGACGGUCGAACUGUAGAGGGAUCAGUGCAAGCAGGCAAAAUGUGAGUCUCGACUCAGAUGAAAGCUGACCCCCUCCCCUUUCUUGUUGCUUGACGGGGUGUGUAUGGCACGUGCAGGAGGGCUGUUUACCCCCUGUCAGUCACUGCUUCCGAUUCCGCCCCCGGCCUCCUUGGUUCUGUAUUGACACUGGGUCCAGGAGGGAAGGGUCAAAAGGAAUGCGGUAGAUGCUGUGCGAGUCUACUGUCGCAACAAGCUGUUUCACACGUAAGUCACCGCCUCCAUGCCCAAUCCUGCUGUGAGGCACAGGACUAACAUCGUCGUGCGCGUCGGUGGAACCGACAUGUGAGGACUCAAACACUGUUGAGAGUCGACUGUGGGCAGAACAAAUGGCUGAAGUCGCUAAGCGCUCUCACUACCGUCCUCCUUGACGCCCCGUGUCGAAAAGCCUGCAGUAAAUAAAAUUGUCUCCAUUUUCUCUUUGCUUGGAGAUGUUUUUUUUAAAAAACAAGCCAUCCACAACGUAGAUUUUUUGUCGCAAUGAGGUCUUGAAAUGGGUGUUAUGUUUGAAUUGACUUGUCGGUAGUCCGUCUGUCCACCCCGGUGAUAGCUGUUGCAUUUGCUGGCCAAUAUAGCUCUUCGGUUGUAAAGCAGCUCUAAGCAUAAAGUCUGCUGUUCGGAGAUCAUUUGCCGGAUAUGCGUCAAGCAAGAUGCCGAACAUGCCGUCUCAAUUUGAAUGACUGCAAACAAUCAAAUCGCUUCUUAAAGCCAAUAUCACCACUGUUCUAGAAAAAAUACAAAGAUGUCACUUCGCUCAUAGUUUGAGUUUGAUCUCCCCUGAUUACUUGUGGAAAUGCCCUUCAGAAGUCACGUGAAUCAGUUUGGUAGGAUGAUUGGAUAAAUUGCAGUCAUUGUCAACUGAAUGCACUAAUGCUAUAGGCUUUCAUUUCCAUCUGAACAUGAAAAUGACAUCCAUGUGUAUCUGGUUGCGAGUCUCGUUGCAUAAACAGAAUAGCAUCUUACUAUUCCAAAAUAUUGUAAUGGUGUUGGCCUCAGUACGAAAACUUCUUCAGAUUUUUCUUGUCAAAUGUGUUCCUUCAUCCACGUCUUGAUCUUCGGCUGUGUCACUUACCUGGAGGAUGUAAAAGUAUUUGGAGAUAUUUUAAAUUUUAACUCAUAACGCUGUAACAAUGUGCACAUCUUGCUUAGAAAUGCAGCAUUACACCUUCCCAGUGUACGGCAAUCUUUUAAAGAGGGAAAUUUAAAAUCACGCUUUGGAUGACAAAUAAAAAUGUCAGCGUAAAUAUAAAGAUAAUUAACCAUUCGUCUUAGUCAAAGAGACGGAAAUUUAUAGAGGGUGUGAAUUCAAACAAAUACUGCAGUCAUUGACGUCAAGGAAUUUCGUGACGGAUAUUCAAAUGCCAUCUGUUGCUGUAUGUUCUGAACAGCGGGAAGCCAUGUUGGACUAUUGUAAGAACCUACUUUAUAUUCCUGUCAUACGAGGACUCAGCCGACGAAGGGCUCUAAGAAUACCUCGCCCUGUGUCAGUAGAUUCGCAUUUAUUUGUGGUUGGAGGUUAGUUUGCCCUUUAACAAACGCUGAAAUGGCCUUUUAAGUCAGAAAACAACGCCGCCUGGUUACUCCAUCAUUAAGUGCCUGCCCGACGCAGGCUUCCCGAGUUCUUCAACCAUACUCAAACAGCAUUGACCCUGUGCCAACUAGAAGCUACAGUAGGUGGGCUAACUCAGGAAAUGUCAACCGAAAUUCAGAAAUGCGUUUUCGUUUCGAAAAGAUUAAUUAAGUAGCGUUGUAAAACUAGUCAGCUUGCAACAUAAUUCUAUAAUAUUUCAGUUACCUCAGGAUGCCGGCUUUCAAAUGUACUUCCUUCCGGCUCCAUGCAAAAACAACACUCUGUGAAAAAUAACUACUUAUGCAGCAUGCAUUUGUCGCAUUGAUUCUCGAUGCCCUUAAACAUCCAAUUAUAUUUCAUGGAAAAAAUGGACAAAAAUAUGCAUUCUUUUGCUAACUCGGUAGAAACUUACGUCUUCUUUUAAUUUUAACCUCGAAGGAGGGACAUAAUUUGGUUUUAAAAAAGUUUCUAGUUGUAGGAUUUUUAAAUACCGUGAGGUGGCCGUUCAUAAAUCAUAUCUCUGCAUUUACCUAUGUGGCUUGUAAAGUUAACAAUAUGGAUCAGAUUCACUCUUUAAUUUUAUGAAACUUUUAUGGUCCCACUUCAAUACCGUAGAGAAAUGUGUGAUUUUCCGUACGCGGAAAAUAUACGGCUUGUGGUUUCUAAACCCUGAAUCCCAGUGUGACGGUAGAGCAGGUUCAAAAUCAUUCGCGAAUCGGAAAACUUUUUUAAAACGAAAUUAUGUCCCUCCUUUGAGUAUAAAAUUAAAAUAAGACGUAGUUAUCUAUCAAGUGAGCAGAAGAAUUAAUAUUUCUAUGCAUGAAAUAUAAUUGGACGUUUAGGAGCAUCGAAAAUCAACGAGAAACAUUCAUGCUACUUACGUAAUCAUUUUUAAAGAGCGUAGUUUUUGCAUUAAACCGGAAGGAAGUUCAUUCAAAAGCCGGCAUCCUGAGGUAACUGAAAUAUUCUAGAAUUAUGUUGUAGGCUGACUAGUUUUACAACGCUACUUAAUUAAUCUUGUCGAAACGAAAACGCAUUUCGGAAUUUCGGUUGACAUUUUAUGAGUUUACCCACCUACUGUAUUUACAUUUGGAGGGUUAAGCCGCACUUGUGUAAACAACGAAGUCAUGCUUUGGAUGUCUUCUGGUAAGAUGUGGUUAUUCAGCCCCACCGGAUGGACACAACACUGUUGGGAUUGGGGUUAGAUUGCGGGGUUAUAGACGAGGGUUAGGGUCAGGGUUAGGGGUUAGGGCAGCUAAUUUUCAACCACUCAAAUUACAACCGUGAAUUUCCAAUAGCUUUUCAUUUACAUACAACUACUUGACCUCGUCGCCUUUGGGUUCCCUAGCCCCACGUGUAAAAACCCCUAUAGCCGCCGAUUCCGUAUUAUAGGUGGCUGGGGUUUGUUUACUUUAGGUGGGCUACAAACUACAUCUGACCGGUAUUCUUCUUUUUCCACACUUCCUCAGCUGGUAUUUUCGUCUUCUCACAGUCCCUUCCCGUUCAUUUUUGAUUACCUUUACGAACCGUGCGCCUGUAACACUGCGAGCUUAUCUCCUCUUGCCGUGAAAGUUUCCCAUUUGCGAAUUUACUCCAAGUAUUAAGCCCUGUACACAUUCAUGUCUACUGUAUGACUGUAUGUAGCUGGAAGACAGUAACCUAUCCUCAAAUUUUGACUUGGAUUAUGCAGUAAGAGCUGCCACUCGGAGAAUCUUCGAAAAAUUUUUUAACGUGUAUUAAUUUUUUCUUUCCGUAAAUUGACGCCGAGAUCUCACUGCUUGCAUUUCUGAAGGCAGAAUACGGGAUUGAGCUCUCUCCUCAUAAUACAGGAUAGUACGCCACUGAGGAUUACUUUUUAUUUUUUGUGAAAUUAAUAUGCAAGGCUAGACCAAAUUUUUCAGAACUCGUAUUUUUCAGGUUCAGCAAUGAUAUGCUGCUCUUUUCCGAAUUCAGGCAGUUCCGACAGGAAAAACUGCGCAAUUCUCACAUCUCGGUAACUGGCAGUUAGUAGCAUAAAACUAAUCAUUGAGAUAAACUUACAGUAUCUAGCGCAGUCAUUAGUUGAAAGUGCGUAUAUGUUUGUGAGUAAGUAUUCAUAGCAGGGCAAGGAUGGUAACUUUAUGUACCCCUGACCUUCGGUAAACUCUGAGGCCAACUGUAAUCCACAAUCGGCCCUAUUAUUUCUCCGCCGAGUCCUCAUGCCAGUGGUCAACGUCUAAACACUUCUCAUUUAAGGCAUAGUAACUGUGCCAAUUUCCACCUGACCUACUGGAGCUUACGUUUGUUCUGACCUUGGAGGUUCAGAUGAGCAGGAGAUUGAGUAACCACUGAUAUUACACGAAUCAACUGAGAUCUUGGGGAGUCAACUUCUUGGUGCGUCUACAACGUUCUGCGCUGUUAGCCUCGCAUUUGACUUUGACAGGCCCCGAAGAAGAGUUCAGUGCGAAGGUAAGUUGGGCAAGGAUAAAGUAUAUGACCGGGGUCAGAAAAAGGUAACCUUUGGAGCGUUGGAGUUAUACGAGUAUGGCCUCAUUGAAGCGUACUGGAGCCGUCAUAAAGAGAAACUACUCGAAGUAGUCCCCGUGUCUGACAGAACGGUAUGAGUCCACGCGGACGAAUUACAGUACUACCUUUGCCUUAGGCUGAAUAUUGCGGGCCUGUAGGAGACCUUGGAGACCUUUCUAUCCAAUAAUUCGGACGUAAAGGCAUAGGUCGUGUCGCAGUUUUCUCCGUUGGGUAUCCGGAAUGUGGACGGUGGGAAUAUGCGCAAUACAAAUCUUUGGUCAUUCAGUAAAGAACCACGCGUACCAGGUGCAGAACAGUGUGUCCAUAUAGGCAUUUCUACAGCGCCACGUCCUUUGGGACGUCCUACCGGGCUUAGAGCUGUUGAAGACAGUGACUGGAUUCCGAUCACAAGCUCUAUCGAACAACGCCUACAUAGAUACAUAUACUAGACAGUUCACAAUAGUAACCCUACCCCGGUCAUAUGCUUUAUCGUUACCAUCGUCCGAAGCUAAGGUCCCCGCAAAGACACCGACUUCCCGAAACCAGGAGGAAUAUGCUCGCGUUCAUUUACCCAAGAUUAAUAUUAAUGCGCUGGUGAACUUCCAGAAGCUUCUAUAUUAUAAAAAAUAAACAAGGACGCAUGUAGUCACUAAAACACAAUUUCUAUCGCUCACUAAGCGCGAUUCUGUCCGUCGACGUAUUUAGGAACAUCCCGAUUCCAGACUUUUGUUGAAAAUGAUGGAAACCAGACCAAAACACGGGAAUAGGAACCCUUCGCGAGAUCUGGAAACAUGAUAAUCGGUUGGCGCGAGGCGAAAGUUCCCACAAUGGAUCUCGGAUCCUGUUCUGGAUUUGUUGGGCCGAUUGCGUCCGAACGACACUUCCUCUAGUAAUUAGCAAUGGAAGUUUGACCACAAAAUCUUGGCUCAAACAUUCUAUCUGUUGACAAUUUAGGUCUGCAGUUACGGCUUGACAUUGUUCCAGUAGCUCAAAGUUCACAUUGCGCAGAUAUAAGUGGUUGAUGAUUAACAAGGGCACAAAAACAACACUACUUCCCAGCAUCCUUAAUACGUCGGAUUUAGUUUUCAAACAACUUUUACCGACUAAUUUCAUCCAUUUAAUUUGCGAAAGAAUCUGACAACUCAUUCGCUUCUUCCCACAGACGCCUAUGCGCUUCUUGGUAUAAGUAACGAGCAGCAAGUAGAUCCACUUAACAUCGUUCUAGUCGAACGCGGAUUCGGUGGUACUGCAGUCAGCUCUGCUGGAACUCCUCCCCAGCCUAGCUUUACAGUUCCUAGUUGCGGUUUGCAAGCUCAGAAAAGACGCUGCAGUCGUCGCCUGUGAAGUUGCACAUUUUUUGUGCUGCGGAUGAAAGGGCCUGAGCCAGCCUUCGCUCUUUUUUUUAGUGAAACCUAUGCAAUGUAGCGUGAUGUACACGCGACUUAGUUGAAUUGUCGAUGCGCAUUCACAUCUUGAUCUGAAAAUUGCAGUUUUUAAAUGUAUUUGUUUUUACCAGAACAGCUGCUGGUUAGCCUAUGAAAAAUAAAGAACUCGUACGGCUCCAGGCUGGAUCGAACCGCCAACUGACUUUGGGAUUUUUUCCGUUCUCACAGACUUCUUAACUGAAGUAUCCCUUAAGGACUGUAAAUACUUUUAUUACAAGAGACUGUGAAACGUUACGACUCGGACAAGUGCUGCAGCAUUGAAUUAAAGCAGCGAAUCCCCUAAUUUGCGUCGGUUUGUCUAUCUCCUGGAGAAAUGGGGAAUCAAUGCAGGCUAUCGUGUGAUUGCAGUUGACUAAAAUGCUUCUCUCUGAAAAGCAAACUCGCUAAGCCGAUCGCCAAACAUCAAUUCUACGAUAUUGAAUAUCUCCGAUCGCAGCGGAUUGAACAACAGUCUCGUGGCUCAAUGGUAGGGCGCUGGACGUGUAAAAACUUAAUGAACAGAGAACCCGGGUUCGAACCUACACGUCCUGCAAACCCGGACGGUUUCCUGUGACCAGCUGACGAUAGCCGGUAAGUCAGAAAUGGUCAGCCCGGUCCUCUGGCAUCUGUCGGUGUUCCUUCUGCAAGUAGUUAUACAUACUCUGGAUACCAACAGAAGCGAAUAGACGAGUCCCAGGAAGCAGUCUUGAAGAAGGCAACACGAUCCCUGGGACAAGAGCCUUAUUAGCCUGACGUUUCGGAUUCCUGCCCGAACCCAUCAUCGGAGACACAAUAGCAGAUACGAGUGGUUCAUGCAUAAGGGGCUGCAGUAUUUAUAUGGAUGCAGUCGUCAUGCUACCGCAUACCUAUGAACAUUCACGGCUCCCCCCUUCAUCAGAGAUCGUUGCACGUGGUGUGAUGAUUAUUUGUUGGCCGACAUUUGCGUCGUUAAUUGCUGCAAUUUCAUCACGUGCGUUGGAUGUUGGUGUUAUGAUUACUCGACCAUCUGACGCGCUGACCCUGGUGUAGGGAAAAGUGUCCACCUGUGCGCUCUCCGCGCAGCCAAUUACUCCGCCUAGGCGAAGUCUCAGCACCGAGUAUGGAAGGGUAAGAUCACUGCACUUGUCAGUGUACUGGGGGCCAGUAAAUCAUGUCUCAAACAGCUGCCAGCUCACGCGGUUGUCACCUCUAGCGAGGAUUUUGGCCUCGUCGAACUUGAAUGCGUCAGAUGGUCGAGCAAUCACGACGAGAUCCGGCCACACAUUCAACUUCGACGAGGCCAAAAUUCUCGCUAGAGGUGGCAACCACAUGAGCCGGGAGCUACUUGAGUCAUGGUUUACGGCAUUUAUUAACAUCAGAAAUUACAGUUGGUUGGCUAACUCAAGAAAUGUCUACCCAAAUUCCGAAAUGCGUUUCCGUUUCGAAAAGAUUAAUUAAGUGGGGUUGUAAAACCAAUCAUCGUGCAGAAUACUUCUAUCACAAUUCAGCUACCUUGAGAUGCCGGCUUUCAAACAAACUUUUUUCAGCUGCAUACAGGAAAUACACUCAGUAAAAAUAACUACUUAAUUAGCCUGCAUUUUCUCAUUGAUUUUCGAUGCCCUUAAAUAGUCAGUUAUAUUUCAUGGAAAACAUGCAUUAAAAUAUCCAUUCUUUUUCUCAUUCCGUAGAAAAUUACGUCUUCUUUCAAUUUUAUACUCAAAGGAAUGGUUUAAUUCUAUUUUAAAAAACUUUUUCAAUUUCCGAAUAAUUUCAAACUGGACCUGCCGUUACACUUGCAUUCAGGCUUUCAAAACUACAGGCUGUGUAUUUUCCGCGUACGGAAAAUCGUAAAUUUCUCUACGGCAUUCAGAGGAGAUCAUAUGGGGUUCAUAAAAUUUAGCAGAGAGUUUGAGCCUUACUGUUAACUUUGCAAGCCACAUUGGUAAAUGCAGAGACAUGACGUUUUAUGAACGGUCAUUACACGGUAUUAAACAAUCUCACAAUCAUAAACUUUCUCAAAACCGAACUAAACCCUUCCUUCGAGUAUAAAAUUGAAAGAAGACGUAAUUUUCUACGGAAUGAGAAAAAGAAUGGAUAUUUUAAUGCAUGUUUUCCAUGAAAUAUAACUGACUAUUUAAGGGCAUCGAAAAUCAAUGAGAAAAUGCAGGCUAAUUAAGUAGUUAUUUUUACUGCGUGUAUUCCCUGUAUGCAGCUGAAAAAAAGUUUGUUUGAAAGCCGGCAUCUCAAGGUAGCUGAAUUGUGAUAGAAGUAUUCUGCACGAUGAUUGGUUUUACAACCCCACUUAAUUAAUCUUUUCGAAACGAAAACGCAUUUCGGAAUUUCGGUUGGCAUUUCUUGAGUUAGCCCACCUAUUGUACGUUUGUGAGGAUCAGUACCCACUCACAAAGACGGGGACGAAAUUGUCGAUUUGAUGUCAUUCGCCUCUAUUUCUUCUGAGCACUUGAAAGACGUCAACGUAUACGAACAAGCCCCAAGCGCACUCCGAGCAGUCUUCAGUGUUCUAUUUACAGAGUAGCCUGGGGAUGCACUGUCCCCGAAAGCGAAUACACACAAGGAAAUUUCUAUGCUCUGGAAGAUGCAAAAAUAUGGUUUUUUUCACGGGCCAUGGAUGAAUGCCUUCAUCUACCGAGUGCAGCCAAGUCUGCCAAUGAAAAAUCUUUCCUAUUUAGUGGCAGGAGAAUUCUUAGUAAACAGUCUCUAAUCGCCGCGUCUAAAGCCUUGCUUCGACUAUCUUCACUCUUUAUGUCUUAAACAGGUUUUGGGCGCCAGUUUAUCCCAAACACACACUUCAGCCGGUUUCCAAAUUUCGCCAUAAGAAAUUCAUUCUUUUUUCUCAGGCUUUUAAAGACUUUCUUGUAUUUUCUCUUAGUGAAAAUAAGGAUCUGCAUUCAUGCAUUCGUCGGUGUUUGGUCGUUUUCGAAGGAGAAAAUAUGUUCGACUUCUGUAGUCUUUAUAAUUGACAGGGUGUUCAAGGUCCCACGCUAGCUUUAACUCAAUUACAAUCAAUGAAGCGGAAGUAACUUCCCAAAAAUCACUUCCACACCAGUGUAGAAAACUAACGAAGCCAAAUCGCUCUCCAGUUCGAGAAUCUCUAAAAUUAUUCCAUGCGAAUUUACUUAACUCAAUUUGCAAAGACGUGAAGUUGCGCAGAAGACAGAUUAGCGAUAUUUCCGUAAUUGGCGACGGUUCAACCGUCGUGGCCGUAAUUACUAAUAAGCAUCUCUGCUCGGAUCAUCCCUCGGUAAAAGUACGCAUGAUGCACCCAGCUGUCCAGGUUACUCUCCCCGCAUAAAGGAAUAACUUUGCUCUAUUUCCAGAUGUUUUGUGAAUUCAAAGACCAGACAGCGGCGGUCAUAGAUACCUUUGGGGGGAGAGCAACUUGGCAAUUAAAUGAAAGCAUCUACAGUAAGGCCCCUCAAGCCAGACUUGAAAAUUACUUUUUUUAUUUAAACAGCUGGGGUCGAUGAAGACAGUCUGUAGUAACAGCAAAAGAAUCUCAACCUGAGAAGGAUGUUCGAUUGAGAAAAAUGAUAACUUCACUAAAGUCACUCAUGAGCAUUUCUACAGUCUACCGCAAACGAUCACCGGAACCGGUAAAGUGAAGUAGGCGCCUCACUGAUGCCACGGCUUAAAGUAACCUGUGGUUUCAUCAUUAUAAUUCGGCUGUACGCGUGCAUAUCUUCUGGCCAGAAUAUGGAUGAUCUUCACAAGUGGUCUACUUCCUCAUCAGAAAGGGGGGGCAGGCUGUUUUUAUGGACCCAUUUCAUAUGAGUCGACUCAUUUACUUGUUCGGAUAAGUAGAUCGAGCGACAGGACACCUCUUGUAAAAAUACACGAAUGCAUUGUUCUCCUUGACUGAGACAAGGCGUCUGUCGCGACCCGCUGACCAUCAGGCAGAUGCCAUGGAGUCUUUUGAUCAAAUUUACCAUGCAAGCGCAUACUCACAAGGUGGGAGGGCUUGUAAUGCGGCAAGCCAACCAUGCCCUCGGCACGCAGAAGGUGAUUAUCCGAACUCUGCGACCACCAAAACCGCAACCAAUCCCGAUCACCUCACGACGUACCGAGUUGACAUAAUCUACCAUAAAAGAUGCGUUUCAGUGCCCUUUAACUACCGAGGAAGGCACACACAGCAUAAUGUGUCGCACCUUGGAUAGAUCCCAACGGGGCAAAUAACUCAACAAGAUUGUUUGGUAGGUCAUCGCAAAGGUGUAGACAGACAGAGAAUAAAAAGAGUCAGAUGCUUGUAGAAGUUAUACGAACGAGAGGAGAAGUUUUUGAUAUAGUACAACUGUAAAAGAUGCAAGAAAAUAGAAUCUGUUACAGCAAGUAAUAAUCCGACUGGAUGGGUGCGGCGACAACGACAGGGCAGCUAAGCAGCCUGUGGAAAGUGAAGUGCACCCGGAAACGGUGGGGAAGAGGGCCGUGGAGGUGCUGAAAAGAGAGAAGCCAGAGAGAGAGGGAGAGAGAGAGCGUGUUGUCGAGACCAUUAAGAGAAGGGGUGUCAGUGAUUACGAGGGAGGAGGGCACCGUCCAUCGUCAGUGAUACGUAAUUACACCUUCCUCAUACUGAAUCCCGCCAAAAAGUAACCACAGUCGAAUCGAACAACCCUGUCGAUUCCGUGGGAUGUUGCACCCCCCUCCCCGCUCCUCGUCAACAAUGUCAAAUUAAUUUCAUCCCCCUGUCCUCCCCGGAGGCUCUGAGUAAAUUAGAUUUCGCCUGUCCUCCUGGUCUCUUGACCUGUGAAUUAGUAUCACGCCCUGUCCACCUUGUCGCCUCCACUUUCCGCUACCCUCCCUAUCCCCUCUUUACCCCUCCUCCUCCUCCUCCAUUCCUGGCAUUGUGGUAAGCAAUAAUAGUGCCCUGAUAAGUUCUACGUUAACUGAAAGGUCCUGUAGAGGUAUAAUUGCAAACAUACGCUGCGCACCGAAGUGCUUAGGAAGGAAUACUGGAGGUCAUCUUUUAAUUUUUUCGGCCAGAUCGCAGUUGGUAGCCAGGCACUGUACGUUGAUACUGUCGACGUACUUACUUGCUAUUAGUGUGUAUGUUUGCCUUGUCUAGGGAACUGGUUAUCAGUAGGUGUGCUUCUACUGCGUGAGGUAGGUCGGCCGUUUCGGUCAGGCUGUUGGGUUUAGUGAGGGUUACGGCUAGGCGUAGGUUACUUUUUAGGAUUAGGAUUAGGGUCCGGCCUCAGUGUCAGGGUUGGGGUUAGGUUUACGAUUAUGGUUCGGCUUUAGGGUUAGGGUUACCGGUUAACGGUUAAGGUUAGAGUUAAGGCUAAGUUUAGGGUCAUGGUUAGGGUUAAGGUUGGGAUCAAGGUUAGGGUUAGGAUUAAGGUUAAGGUUAGGGUUUAGGUUAAGGUUAGGGUUAGGCUUAAGGUUAAGGCUAGGGUUAUGGUUGAGGUUAAGUUUAAAGUUAAGGUUAGGGUUAUCCUAUCACUAUUUACCUCUAUCAUAUUCCGCAGGCUGUGCUGUCUCCCGCGGGCUUUUGUUUAAUUUAUGUCAUUACUCUACCUUGCUAAAACUUCUCAACACUUUUCGCUUACUUUAUUUUUCUCCGAAACUCCAGCAUUCGUCCAGCAGCACUUCCACUUACCCCACCCAUAUAACCCCCUUUCCCACCAUUCCCGUAAGACAGGGACCCCGCCGUCUGCCUCCCCAUUCCUGGAUACCAAAUGCGAUCUAACCAUUUUUUCACCUAAAAAAUCACAACAAACUGCAACCAUGCUACCGAUUAUCCAGGAAGACAAUCCCAAGUUAAUUAGUACACGGACGAAUCGAGAUUUUUCGUUCUGCAACUUUUCACACUCACAUGAUCAGCACUUAAGUAGUGCACAGUUUUUUGUCCGGUCAGGUAGGAUGCAUAAAAUCCCUACUCCUUCUACAGGUACUGCACUAGAAGAUAAAAUUUUCUUCACACUUUUUACUCAGGGGAAAGUGUAUUUCAGAAGAAACAUAGACAUUUAUCGGAAACAGACGCAUAGGGGACACAGUAGUCAUUGGAUCAGGCCCUUUUGGCGUUGUAUUGCUUCAAAUAAGUAUGCCAGUUUUACACACUUUCUUUCUCUCUCUCUCUCUCUCUCAAGAAUUCACUUUUUGGGGGAAUGUUGACAUCGAGCAAAUUGCUACAAAUGCUACUUCAGGCAAACCUAGAGUAGACGCCCGACAGGGAUGAAGUGAGCGUUCAAAUGCAGCAGCUUGUACAAGUGAGUUGCAAUAAUGACUGCCAUGUAAAUGCAUAUACAAUAACGGGCAGGCCUUUGUUUGCGCGCCAAUCCGAUUUAUGCAUGAGAAAAAGCAAAAGCAGUCUGGGGCAUUUUUCCUUCAGUUUCGGGAAUUUACUUAAAUGCAUCUCACCAGGCAGGAUGGAUAAGUCCAGCAUUUAUUUUACACCUUCUGGAGGUAAAAGUGAUUCUUUUAAAACUUCUGACUGAAGUUGUUAGGAAUGCCUACACUCCCCUUGAGCCCGAUCGAUCCGUCUAUUGGAAUUAUCGAUCUGCUCGUCUAGGAUUUUCUUCUCGAAGUGCAUUGGGCCGAAUGCAAGCGAAACCCAGUAGGAUGCUAUAAAUACGCGUUACUUUCCCAGAUCGACUUGACUUGCAAUUUCCUACUACACUUUUUCGUGGCCGGUCGCUUUCUCCUUCGCCAUCGCGUUGGUAUUGGGGACAAGAGUUGAGUGCGCAUACGCCUCACGUGAAUGCUAAGUACCAGGCCGGGUCAUAACAUAAGGAGCGGAGUUAUUUAAAUUUGAAACAAAAAAAACAGCGAAAAGCGAGUGCCAGGAAGCAGCUGAGAAGAAGGAGAGGCCAUCGUUUGAACAGGAGUAUAAUUAUUCUGAUAACUCGAAUUCACACUCAUAUCCACAGGUAAAGACAUAGACAGCUAACGGAAAUUGACGCUCAGGGGUUGCGGUAGUUAGAGGAUGCAGUUGCCAUGAUACCACAUGUCCAUCUGAAGUAGCAGGUCUCACAUCGACUGCCGAUAUUUGUACUUGAUGCGGCUUCCGAGACGAUAAUUGCCGUAGUUACAUCGUCAAUGUUGCUUAUUGGCACGACAAUGACUUGGCACUCUGGCCCACUGAUGCAGUCGGUGAAAGCAAUGUGCAACAACGCGAUCCCCCAGCGGCUGCUUACUGUGCCCAAGAAAAGUGUGAACACCGAAUAUAGCUAGGGAGGUUUUUUGUGCUUGUUCAUGGAUUGAAAGCCCGCCAGUCGUAACCUGAGUGGCUCAUGGAGUUGUCGCUUCUCCCAAGAAUUUCAACGUUUUUGAACUUGAGGACGUGCCCGUAUCCUCUGUCAGAAGUUCAGAUCCAACGAGCAGGUAAAGUGGCUGUCUCGGCGUCUCAAAUUGCUAACCGCUGAUUUAUACAUCACAGCCAAUUGACGUUUCAUGCCUGUCGAUACUUUCGGUAGGUUUAUCUGAAGUGGCGUGCUUAGAAACUUGCUCUUCGUCAACAGUUCUCCAACAAGUGAAUUCUUGAGAGAGGGAGGGAGAGAGAGUGAGAGAGGGGGGAAAGUGUACAAAACUGGUAUGCUUCCUCAGGACAAUAAGACAACCAAAAUACCUAAUUCCAUAACUACUGCAACCCCCUGAGCGUCCAUUUCCGUUAGCUGUCGAUGUCUCUGCUUAUGAAUUUGAGCGAAAAUCCUAGCAGUCAGAAAAAUUUUAUUCCUGUUCAAACGAUGGCCUCUCCCUCUUCUCACCUACUUCUAACUACUUCAAUGCUAUUUGUCGUUUCAAAUCUAAAUAACUCGGUUCCUUCAAUCGGAAUCAUUAUGAUCUCCAGAAGGUGUAAAAGAAGUGCAGUGUUUAUUCAUGCUGCCUGGUGAGAUGCAUUUAAGCACAUUUAAGAAAAUGAUGAAAAACGCCCAAACCUAUUUUGCUUUUUGUCGUGUGUAGAUCUGAUUGGAGCGCAAACAAAAGCCUGCACGUUACAGUGUAUGAAUUUAAACGGAAUUUAUUUACGUGACUGUCAUUACUGCAACCCACUUGCGCAAACUCCUGUAUUUGAGCACACAUUUAAGAAAGUCGGGUGACGCUUCGUGCCCGUCGGGUGUGUACUGUAGACUUGCCCCAAAUGCCACGUUCAUCAGCUUGUUCUACGUCAACAUUUCUCCAACAGGUAAAUUCUUGAGCGAUAGAGAGAGAGAGAACAUGCAAAACUGGCAUGAAACAAUAAAGCUCUCAAAAGACCUCAUCGGUGGCAGAAACGGAUACCAUUCGGGUAUUCUUGGCGUAGGCUCGCGUUCCUACACCUCAAGAUGAUGAAGAAAAGAUGGGCUGACAUUUAGAAAGUACACAGCUCUCCACAAUAGUCACGCCUCAGGAUAUAAAAGAGGCAGCGCCUGGUAUGCGUGAGGGUUAAGUCGUCGUCCUGCAGCUGCAGAUGAGGGGUGGCUAGAACAGUCUCCAUCGGUUAGCCGCCUGUCUGAUAUCUUAGCUGUCUGAUCUCCGUAGGCUACCCUCGGCAUUCACUCGUGGAGGUUCGCUCGGAGAUUUUGGCGACGACGACGACGCCUGCGGCCGGUCGAUCGGCCCCGCCCACCCUCACACCAUCCCUGCGCCUGCGAUGCAGCCUCAAGAUCCGCCCAGACUGA